UACCCCCAGGGUUGGACGGGUUGGAUAGAAGUUCUAUUCUGCUGGAUACUGGAGAAGUAUCCCUGCAGUCCCUCCAGUACCUGGAGAGUAAAGGACUGUUUGGAUCUAGGUCCAGGAGACACAGUGAACAUGAUACUCCACACUCAGAACAUAGUACUCAUAAAAAGCGGGGUUCUCGGCGUCGUGGUUCGGAUGAGGAGAGUGAGGCGAGUGGAGUAAGUUUAGGAAGCGCUAGAACUCACAGGAGAGGCGGAGAAUCAGGGAGUGAAAGUGAGAGCUCCAGGAGUAUGAGGAAGAACCACCGAGGGCGACGAAGACGACAUGGAAGCUAUAAACUGGUUGAAACCGGUAUUACCAUGGGGGAGAGCAGGGGUGGAGUUGCACAGGCUACUGUUAGGAAAUCAGGUUAUGUCAACUCCGGAGCAGAGACGGAGUCGGAGAUGGUUUCCACUCUCAGGAGAAACAAGAGAAGACAAAGAUCAAGAUCCCGAUCUCCGAGUGAUGCUCGAGCUAGACUCCCUACCGAGCUAACCAAGCAUUUCGAGUACAGUCUUAUCGAACCCAGCAACCCGAGCUUACUACAGGAGAUUCCUUUCACUCAAGUUGAGACAGAUAAACCAAUCAAGGUUCGGUAUAGCACUGCAGGAGGAGGAGGAGGAGGAGGAGGAAGGAGAUCACGACAUAAUUCAGCUGGAUCUUCUGCACGUCGAAGACUACCGGUUGAUGAAGACCGAGCGAUGUCUCUUGUUCAAGCUCCGACCUUUGUACAGAUCCAAUCCUCGUCAAAAUCCGCUCUCAUCAAUCCUUAUCAUCAUAACCCUUCAAAUUCAUUUAACCAAACACAGUCUUUAAACCACAACCAAUCCCUCAGCUAUAGACAGUCUCCAGGACAAUCUCAAUCCUUAGCUGUAAAUCAAUCAAGUAUUUACAACCAAGCUAGGCAACAACAACCUAUUCUACAACAUUCACAAGAAAAUCUUCAACAGCAUAUUCAGCAACAUCAACAGGAACCUCUACAGCAGAAUAUGCAGCAACCUCUUCAUCAAUCUCCAUUUAUUCAACAACGCCAGAGUAACCUACAUCACGGUCAUGUGAGUAGAACUGCUCAGAUAAGAAGUAGCAACUCCCAUCUUCACACUCCAGGGUUUCAGACCAACCCGGAGAAUCCGUCUUCUCGAGGUUCCAGCCAACAUACUUCGUACCUGGAGCAAAGACCAAGCUUGCCUGAGCCUAGGGAGGAUGAGUUAGAGAGAAGAAGUAUGAGAUCACACACCAACUUUAUCCAACCAGGGCUCCCUGGAUCUAUCGGAAUGAACGGAUAUACAAAUCACGGAAUGAAUCCGUCUGAAAGUGUUAACUCGUUGAGAGAAUUAAAUUAUCCACAAGCGUCAGAGAAUCCCCAGAGUGGAGCUUACGCUAACCCUGGAUCUCAAGAUACAAGAUCCCUUCCUGUCUAUCCUCAUCCACCGAACCCGGAGCUCCGAGAGACUCACACAGCACGCCUUAAUCAAAGAGUUCAAGGUUCUCGUCCUUCUCCUUCUCCUCGUCCCAACCUGAUCUCUACUCCACCUGCUCCCUCUCCAAGAAUAUAUAAACCUAACGGAGAUAUCGAUAAUUCUCAACCUCAGUACUCAAAUUCUCCGGUUCAAUUCUACAGAUCUUCCGUCCCGGCUCCGGGAUAUAUGAACCAGGGACCUGUAACCUAUCCUUCUAAACCCCAACCCCCUCCUCCACCGUAUUCGGGUAUACCUCCUAUACCUCAGAUUAGUUCUUUGGACUAUAAUCCUGUAUAUACAAGUUCUCCCGGUCUAAAACAGAGCACAAGGUUUGGAAUAUCUCCGUCUUUUACUAGAACGGAGGGAGGAGACAGGGAGAAUGGAGGAGGGAUGAGAGAGAAUGGAGUAGGGAUGCGGGAGAACGCAUGUGGGAUGAGAGAGAAUGGAGUUGGGAUGAGAGAGAAUGGAGUUGGGAUGAGGGAGAAUGGAGUUGGGAUGAGGGAGAACGGAGGUGGGAUGGUUGAGAACGGAGGAGGAAUGAGAGAGAACGGAGGGGGGAUGAGGGAGAACGGUGGAAUGAGGAAAGACCCCCCAGACUAUGGGAGAAACUGGCCACCUAUUUCAAAGGUUCCUGGGGUUAAAUCAAGGGGAGGAGGAGGGUUUGAACCAUCCGGGGACGAGAUGUCGACAGAGCUGUGAUUUUCUUGCAUCUUGGUCUUUACUUCAGGAGACCUGGAGUAAGUUUUUAUUCUGUAGAAAAUGAAAAAAAUAAUAUCUCUACAUCAGUCCUUAAACAUGUUUGUGAUAAUAAUGUUUAUGAAACGAAACGGCUAAAUAUAUUCAAAAUGAUUAAAUUAUUGUGAUAUUCAAUUUGUCCUGUAAAUAAAUGUAAAUACUCC